ACAGAAGUUUGUUCUGCGCUGUGUUUUUACGCAGGCGCAGAACACACUGUUUGUCCAGUUUCGUUGGUUGACUUUUACCUGUGAGGUAGUUUCGGUUCGCCGGUUGGAAUAAGCAACAACCACCCCCGGGGUUCCGGUGCAGAGGUGACCAGACUUUACUCCCCCUCCCCGGCCCCGUGUGACUCCCGCGGCGGAAGCGUCGUUCGGGAUUUCUCCGGUAUUUGAGAGUCGGUGCGCAACAGCAAGCAAAGCAGGAGGCAGGUGCACAGGAGAGGACAGGACAGGGGGAGGAGGAGGGCUGCUUGUAUUUCCGUGAGAGUCGUUCACACCGGGCCAGUUAAUCAACUGGUUGGCGCCUCGGUGGUCUUUCUGCGUGAGUUUCAUUAGUAUGCGGCUAGGGUCCCCCGCCGACAUCCAGCCGGAGGACUGAUCGGCAGCCCUGAAGUCUCCUCCGUGCCUGCUAAGUGACUCCUCGCCCCGGGGAGGACGAGGAGGAGGAGGCGGGGACAGCAGCAGAAGCAGGACCCCGGCUUCUCCGCCUGUUGUGUGGAACACUUUCCCCGGACACAACAAGGACCUCCUCACCUUGUGGAUCAGGAAGAUGAUGGGAUUUCUGCGCCGGACGUUCAGCCGCCGCUCCCGGAGCCGCUUCCAGACGAGAGAGAGGGACGAGCGGGACGGUAAGGGGGGAGGAGGAGGUGGGGGGGCAGGAGGGGUGACCGGGAACCCCCUGCUCCUGGCCCAUCAGCAGCAGGUCGUGCAUGCACCCGCCGUGGUCAGCGGGGGGGCGGUGGUGCACAUCCCGGCGGCCGGGACGGCGAGGACCACCAUCACCUGCCGGGUGCUGCUGCUUGACGGCUCGGAUGUCAGUGUGGAUUUGCCUAGUAAGUCCAAAGGCCAGGACCUUUUUGACCAGAUCAUGUAUCACAUAGAUCUGGUGGAGACGGACUACUUUGGGUUGCAGUACAUGGACACAGAACAAGUCUCCCAAUGGCUGGAUAUGUCCAAGAUUAUUAAGAAACAGAUCCGAGACGGGCCUCAUUACAGACUGUUCUUCAGAGUGAAAUUUUACUCUUCAGAGCCAAAUAACCUGCGAGAGGAAUUUACAAGAUAUCUGUUUGUGUUGCAGCUUCGACAAGAUAUUCUCUCUGCAAAAUUGAAAUGUCCGUAUGAUGUUGCAGUAGAGCUGGCGGCAUAUUGUUUACAAAGUGAGAUGGGAGACUGCGAUCCUUUGGAGCACUCUCCUGAGCUGGUCUCUGAGUUUCGCUUCACUCCCAAACAGAGCGCGCCCAUGGAGGCCGACAUCUUCAGCAGGUGGUUGGACCUCAGGGGGAAGAUUCCGUCAGAAGCAGAGGUUUUGUUUCUCAACAAAUGCAAGUGGCUGGAACUUUACGGAGUGGAUAUGCACUUUGUCAAGGGCAGAGAUGGAGGAGAAUAUGCACUCGGUCUUACUCCUACGGGCAUCUUAGUAUUUGAAGGCUCUAACAAAAUCGGCCUGUUCUUUUGGUAAGUAUUAUCAAACACAUCUGUACACCAGUGG